AUGUCACAUCUGCUCAACUCAGAGACGGGCGGUGCUGCACAUGUCAGUUCGUUCCAAGGCGAUUUGAGCGGAGCAGACGAAACCAUUCUUGCCGUCGAUCGCGGCGGUCUGGCUUCCAAUCUCGGCAGUGGCAGUGGCCUCGGAUCAUCGCCUCUCAAUCCCAACAGCAACAUGGGUGGUACCGACAGCUGGGGCGCAGCCGGAUCGAAACGCACUCGCGAAGAGGCCGAGACGGACGAAGCUGAGAUGGCCAGUUCGGUGUCUUCGCUGAUGAGCGCUGACGAUGCCAACUCGGACAUGAUGCUCUCUGCCUCGCAGGUGUUGCAGCAUCGGAACAAGAAGGCAGCAGCGAGGAGUUUGCCGCAGGUGCACGUGAGGGAGGAUGAGGGUAGACCAGGCGCAUUGUACGUCGAGCGUACGCGACUGUUCAGAGAGCUCAUCGAGUAUUUCAACCCGGAGCUGGUGGAGCCGCGCGCCGAGUUGGGAGGAUGCAUCGAGGUCGCGCUAGGUGGGUAG